ACUGAGUCCGCCGCCAACGUCGGUUUAGUUCAGUUGCGGCGCAAUUAGUGUGCACUCGUGACGCGCACCCGUUGAAAGUGUACGUUUGUAGUGUGUAUGUAUUAUUAUGUACGGCUUUCGUUCGUUAUACCGGCUCGGUGAUUCCACUGUAAUAUUAUAAUUAUUGUAAUUAUCGAUAUUGACAAAUUUCUUUUCCAUUUCGGUUUUUCGCCUCUCGUCCCGCGUGAAUUUUUUUUUUCCUCGCUGUUGUUAUUAAAUUGUUUGUUUUUUUUUUCUUUUAAACCACCCGAUUGACUGUUACGCGCCGGCUUUUUUUCACACGUCCACCACGAUGGAUUACGGUUUGGAGCCGCUGCAGAGGGCUCGGUCUAACACGUGGCCGCUGCCCAGACCGGACGCCGAAGACGGCGUGGGAGCCCAGUUGCCGGAGGAUAGCCCGCCGUCGCAGCUGUUGCCGCCAAAUUCGUUGUCGCUGGACGUCGGCGGGCCGGCCGGCGCCGCCGCGCUACAGCCGCCACAACAACCGCACCAGUCGCUGGUAGCCGGACCGGCGGGCGCCGCUAAGAAAACGUCUAGUCGACGGAACGCGUGGGGCAACCAGUCGUACGCGGAUCUCAUCACACAAGCCAUCAGCUCGGUGCCAGAGCAGCGACUCACCCUGUCGCAGAUCUACGAGUGGAUGGUGCAGAACGUGCCUUACUUCAAGGACAAAGGGGACAGCAACAGCUCGGCCGGAUGGAAGAACUCUAUACGUCACAAUCUGUCGUUGCACAGCCGUUUCGAGAAGAUCCAAAACGAGGGCACGGGCAAGUCUUCUUGGUGGCAGAUCAACCACAACGCCAGCAAAACGACCGGGAAGUCAAGGCGUCGUGCCACUUCCAUGGAAACGCCCAAGUUUGAAAAAAGACGCGGUCGCGUCAAGAAGGUCGUGGAAGCCAUCAGAAACGGUUUACACCCGGAGAACACGCCUAGUCCUAGUUCUUCCGUCUCAGAAAAUUCAGACAUGAUACCCGUGUCACCACUAAGGGGAUUUCAGUUCAGUCCAGACUUCAGAGGACGAGCGUCGUCUAACGCUUCUUCCACCGGCCGAUUGUCGCCGAUAUUCAGCGAACAGCUAAGUACAGCCGAUUACGGCCUCGACUCUGUAGCGGAACAGGGCCAAGCCGACCAGCUGGCCGGCACGUUAGCGCAGACCGUCCGUCUGUCACAGCCCCUGCAACCAUUGGAAAGCUACAGAGACGUGUUCUUGGACAACCGUCCGCCCCCUCCACCCUAUAGCAGUCUACCGUUCCAGUCUUGUCCCAUACACGGUUACCAAGGAUGUUCGUGCUUCAACUUGAAUCAACUCAACUCGGAAAACAACACGACUCCAUACAUCAAACAGGAGGACUACAGCGAUUACAUCGAUAAUCAGCCGGACGACAACAUGCCGGCAACGGUGGUCGGGCAGAUCAUGGGCACGUCGCAUUUGUCACUCGACGACCUCAGCAUAAACUUGGACAAGUUCACCCCGGUGGAAUGUAAUGUGGACGAGGUGCUUAACCACGAGGUCAGCUUGGGUGGUUGCUUAGACUUCAACAACUUUAAUCCGCCCGCCCAACCGCAACCGACCGUGGCUACGACGCAAACACUGGCGUCCGUCAGCCACGAUCAGUCUCCGUUCACCUCUGGUCAUCAUUGGGUACAUUGAACGUGUCUAGUAGUUCAAUCGCAACGAGAUUAUCCGCCAUAAUAUAAGAUAUUCACAGGGAGACGGCUCGGGUCUAUGAAAAACUAUGGUUCUUAGCAUCGUGUCUCCCAAUUAAUUAGUUUAAAAAAAAUUAUGUGUAUAUUAUAUAUAUAUAUAUAUUUACACAAAAUAUUGUUAUUAGUUUGUUGCCGUUAUAUUCACAGUGUAAUUUAUAAAAAGGAAAAUACGUUGAAAUACUAAACAAGUCUUAAAUACGCUAUACAUUUAUAGUUAUACGUUAAGUUUGACUUUGUGUUCGUUUUUUAACUAUUUUAUACAUCCUACUGUACACUUUAGUUAUGCUAAAUUUAAUAAUAUAUUAUAUAUGUAUAUAUCAUAUUGUAUGAGUGUAAUAUGAUUUUGUUAACAUAGUCUAAUAUUUGUUGUAGUUUUAAAGCAUAUUGUAACCACUGAAUAUCAUGUUGUUAUUUAGAUAUUUUAUAUAAUUAUUGUUAUACUUGUACAAGUAUACAUUAAAAGUGUUUUUCAAAUCAGCUGGCUAUUGGCGCUCAAGUAAUGCCACGUGGUAGCUGUAAUAAUAAAAAAAAUAAUAAUUUACUCAUUGUAGCGUGUAAGUUUGGAUUGUUUGUAAAUACGUUUGCUCGGCCACAAACAACAGUUUAGUCUUAAAUAUGAAUAACACACGUAUUACAUACACCUUUUUACUUUUCACAUUCAUUUUUAAUACGAUUGAUGAUUUUUGUAUACACGUUUUUAAUCUGAUUUUCAUUUGUAUAUAAUAUUUAUGUAUAAUAUAAUUAUUGUAAAAUAAGCUUUGCUUAUACAACCUUUAUAAUGUAAAAAACAUGUUUACAUUUGUUUAUCAAUUGUGCAUUAGUAACAUGCUUUUUAGACAAAACUAUAAUAAAUUAAUGUGUCCCGUUAUAAAAUGUUAAAUACAAUUUUGUGCCAUACAUGUACACACUUUUAAUUUUUUUUUUACAAAUACAAAUAAUACAAAUAGUAGACUACUUUUUUUUCAUAACACUGUAAGUCUUUUUAAUAGUUCUACAGCUGUUAUUAAAAGAGAUUGUACACAAAUGAAACGUGCAUAACAAUGUUUUUUUUGUCUUUGAAAUGAAUAUGCCAGUGCCUUAUGAUCUCAAAAAGAUAUACCUCUAAAGCAAACGUUAUUUACGUAAUUAUUUUAUAUUGUGUACUUUACAAAUACAUUUAUAAUGUGUUUUGGGAAAGGGUGAUCAGUGUAAAGAAAAACUUAUGUAUGUAACUGAUUCAACAAGGGCUAGUGGCAUUGUCUAAACAAGAUCACCCUGAAUAAUAUGUGUAUAUGUACGUAUAAAUAAAACUAAAUCAAUACUUAAUUGAUAUUUACAUAUUGUAUUUGAUAUACAAAAGGUUAAUGGAUGUGUAAAAAUAUAUUAUUAUUAUUAUUAUUAUUAUAACUGUCUUUUUGUAAAUACAACGACGAGAGUGUAGACAUUUUGUUUGUUUGUUUUUUUUUUUGCACAAUUGUUAUCCGUUUCAAGCUCAAUAUGUAUAAACAAUUUUAGUGUGCUUAAAAAAAUGUGAUAAGUUUAAUUUCGGGAGAAUUAUAUUUGUACAAGGUAUAUAGUUGAAAUGGAAGAAUGUAUUUUUUUUUUAACGCUAAUGAAAGUGAUAAAUAGAAUAAUUUUGUUUUAGCUAUUCUAUUAUUAAACUAAAUGAAAUGAUAUUGUCAACAUUUUAUAAGAUCAAUAAUAUUAUUAUUAUUAUUUGUUAUGUUGUGUCUAUUAAAAAUAAUUAACGACAAACCGUAAAGAGAUUAAUUAAACUUUUGGAAACGUGUAAUAUUAUUACUGUUGUUGCUUCAUUUUAAAACGUGUCAAUUUAAAACGGAUUAUUUAUUGUUACGAAUUUGUGGAUAAUUUAAUUAGCUGAUAU